AUGUUCUCCAUCCAGGAGAGCCUGGCCAGAGGGGGGCUGACCAUGAAAGAAGAGCCCCUGACCGGAGGAGGUGGACUCUCGGCGGUCAGGUCUUGGAUGCAAACCACCGGCGUCCUGGAUGCCCACACGGCUCUGCAAAGUGGUAUUGGGCUGGCUCGGGCCCACUUUGAAAAACAGCCACCAUCUAACCUCAGGAAAUCCAACUUUUUCCACUUCGUGCUUGCAAUGUACGACCGCCAUGGACAGCCAGUGGAGAUCGAGAGGACGUCUUUCAUCGACUUUGUGGAGAAGGACAGAGAGCAGAACGGAGAGAAAACCAACAACGGCAUUCACUACCGGCUGCAGUUGCUGUACAGUAACGGGCUUCGAACUGAGCAAGAUCUCUACGUACGACUCAUUGACUCCAUGUCCAAGCAGGCCAUCAUCUACGAAGGUCAAGAUAAGAACCCAGAGAUGUGUCGCGUGUUGUUAACUCAUGAGAUCAUGUGCAGCCGCUGCUGUGACAAGAAAAGUUGUGGAAACCGCAAUGAGACCCCUUCCGAUCCGGUCAUCAUUGACAGAUUUUUUCUCAAGUUCUUCCUCAAAUGCAACCAGAACUGCUUGAAGAAUGCUGGCAAUCCGCGAGAUAUGCGCCGGUUCCAGAUUUGGAUGGGAGACCACCAGGAGAUCCUAAGGCAGCAGAUGAGAACAGGAAGCUGCAGCGAAGCACUUUCAGACCGCUGCCACGAAAAUGGCCCCUACGCAUUGCAAGCCCAAGGUUGCGCCCUGAAUGAGCCGACGAUCGAUUAUGGGUUUCAGCGCUUACAGAAGGUGAUCCCCCGGCACCCAGGCGACCCCGAACGCUUACCAAAGGAAGUCCUGCUGAAGAGAGCAGCCGAUCUGGUGGAGGCUUUGUAUGGGAUGCCCCACAAUAACCAAGACAUCAUCUUGAAACGGGCAGCCGAUAUCGCCGAAGCUUUGUAUAGCGUCCCACGCAACCCUAACCAGCUGACGUCCCUGGCCGGGAACCAUGGGCACUCGGGCAUGAUGAGCGUCAACUCCUUUGGGAGCCAGCUGGCCAUCAACAUCAGCGAGUCCACCCAGGGCUCGGAACAAGGUAGGCCAAGGAAGUCCUCACUUAAAGACCCAUCCUUCCACGAAUGUUCGAAACGACGAGAGUGCUGA